AUGGCCCCUACAAACAAAGCUAAGGCGUCAGGCGUCAGUGCAAGCUCUUUUUUUGAUUUAAAAGCAGAAUUAGCGAAACAUGAGGCAGAGUUCAAGAAGAACAAGGCUGCGGGAAAAGCUGCAGAAUUAGUUGGAGGCCUCGCAAGGCCGGACAAGAAACCCACUGUAUGGGCACGGUCAAAUAAAGGUGUUCACACUCGUGCAACGCGUGACAUAGAGCUGGAGGAAAUCAGUAAAGUAACGGUUGAAUCAGCGCGUGCAGUCUUGGAAAGAAAAGCAAAGAUAUACGAUAAGCUACGGAAGGGCAAGUCCGGUGGUCUCAACGAUAAACAAUAUGAUGCACUUCUCGUUGAUUUUGAUCAAAAGGAUUUAGGGGACUCUUACGAAUCUGACAGUGAUGAUGUAGACGAAUCAUUGACCAUACCUACACAAUCGAAUGCAGAUGAUCCCAUUAUAGAAUAUGAAGAUGAAUUUGGCCGUAUUCGUACAGGGCGUCGCUCAGAAAUUCCCCGUCAUCUCCUUCCUUCUGAAAAUGCCGAAUUAAAUCCUGACGAUGAUGAACGAAAUCCCGUCAAUUUUUUCCCUGUUUACGAGCCUUCCGCUGAGCGCAUAGAAGCCGUCCAAGAAGCUUUUUCUGAUGCUAAUAACCCUCUCAAUGUUCAUUACGACGCCUCGAACGAGGUUCGAGCAAAAGGCGCUGGUUUCUAUCAGUUUUCAGGCGACGAAGAAACCAGGAAACAACAAAUGGAAGAGCUCAAAUCAGCUCGCGUGGAGACGGAGAAGACUAGGCAGGAGAUGGGCGCUACAAACUUGCGUCCUGGUGAAGUGGAGGGGAUGCGUGAGGGUGAAAGUGGUAGUAAGACUGGAGUACAAAGCCGAGCGAUGGAGAAGCGGAAGAGGGAAAUCGAAGAGAGAAGGAAAUUGCUGGAUGCAAAAAGGAGGAAAUUGAAAGUAGCAGAUGAGGCCCCCCCCGCCAUCGACGCUUCUCAAUCAGAUGGCAAGCAAAGGAUUCCAUCAUCGGUAAAUACCUCAAAAGUACCGUCCAGCGAUCCCUUCGCUUCGAUAGAAAAGCAAGCCACAAUACCCUCCCCGAAAGGUAAAGGAAAGGAGAAAGUUAGAAGCGUGCCUCAGAAUGCUGCCGAUGCUUUCUUGGCUCGACUAGAGCUAGACAUGUUACAAGGCAAAUGA